UCAUUUCAAACGGAAAAUCCGGCUAACACACUCAAGCCAAGAGAAAUAGUUUUUUAUAUAUAUAAAUAUACGAUUUUCCUGGGAAAUCCCACUCUACUGCCGCCCUGCCGCCGGCAAUGACCGUCUCCAAUGCUGUGGACCAAUUCACCAUGCUGACCGGCGACCGUUCGAAGAUCAAGGAUUUGCUGUGCAGCCGGCUAACGGAGUGCGGCUGGCGGGACGAGGUGCGUCUGCUAUGUCGAACGAUUCUGAUGGAGAAGGGAUCCAACAAUAGCUUCACCGUGGAACAGCUGGUAUCGGAGGUGACACCCAAAGCCCGCACUCUGGUCCCCGAUGCUGUCAAAAAGGAACUACUGAUGAAAAUUCGCACCAUUCUGACGGAGAACGAGAACGAGGAUGAUGACGAUGAGGUUGAGGAGCCAGAGGAUGAGCCAUAAACUAGCAAAUACUGCAUGCAUGUUUCCUUUGGAAUUCAGGACUUUUAAAGGAAUAUUUACAGUUUAAUUACUCAAAUUUAUUUGUACGAUUUUAUACAUAAAUCCCGGCCAGGGAAUGGAUACACACA